CGCAGCGCAGGGGCCGUGCUGCGGAGAGGCGGGCAGCCCCGCUUAGGACCCUGCACGCUUUGGGUUUUCCCAGCUUUUUCCUGGAGUCGCUGAGCGAGCGGGGAGGGGCCGAGCUUGCGGCUCCCCAUAAACCUGGACGCUGCGCCCACGGUCCGGGCAGCUGUGCGGACUCGCGGUGUCCCUCGGAGGCUGCGUCCCCGUGUCCUCACCCCCCGCGUGGCUCUGCGCAGCCCUCCUGCCCAACCCACAGCGCUGAGUUUCCAGACUGAGAAAGAUUUUGGGAGAAGAGAGAAGAAGAAAAAAAAUAAAAAAAAAAGAGGAAAAAAAGAGGAAAAAAAAAAAAGCCAUGGUGGUGUGGGCUGGUCGAGAAAUUCUUCGGGAGAAGACGGUGAGAAAAGGACACAGCGGCUGUUUCCCAAAGGGUGAGGAAGGGAGCGCGGCACCGCUGGGCUUGAACUUUAGCACCCUCUUCUGCGGGAGUGUAAGUAAAAAGAUCGGCUCAUCCUGAGCCAGAACGGCGCUGGGGAGGAGGAGAAGGCGGACGCUCACUGCGGAGUGGGUUUUCUGUGCUGCUUUGGAAAGCAGGGGAAAAAAAAGAAAAAAGAAAAAAAGAAAAAAAAGAGACGCGUUGAGAAGCCAAAGAGUGCUUGUAGCACUCCGAGUUGCUUUGGGGCUGUUCCUAAUCACCGCGUGAGGAAAGGAAAGCCGUGCAUGUGGGUUUGAUUGGAGCGGCGCGAUGCUUGUUUUCUUUUGACCGAUCGCAACCCAGCCCCGCCGCUCCGGGCUCUUUGUGUGCGUGUGAGCGUGCCUCGAUGGGAGCUCGUCCCGCUCCACUCCCACCCGCCAUCCCCUAAACUGGGGGCUGUCCGAGGAGGGGACAUCCCCACGUGUCGCUGCGAUGCCGGGGCUGUAGGUCGCUCUGUGGGCAGCACGCACCGCUCUGGGAUGGCUGUGUACGCCCUCACCGGCUUCUCGCUGGUCAGCCUGCUCAGCUUUGGCUAUUUAUCCUGGGACUGGAUGAAGCCUGGCUUGGUGGCCGACGUGGCUACGAGCCCCAUGGAGAAAUCGCUGCCUCCCGCCUUCACCCGCCCGCCGCACAUCAUCUUCAUCCUGACCGACGACCAGGGCUACCACGACGUCGGGUACCACGGCUCUGACAUCCAGACACCCACCUUGGACAGGUUGGCAGCCGAGGGCGUGAAGCUGGAGAACUACUACAUCCAGCCCAUCUGCACACCGUCCCGCAGCCAGCUGAUCACCGGCCGGUACCAGAUCCACACAGGGCUGCAGCACUCCAUCAUCCGCCCCCGGCAGCCCAACUGCCUGCCCCUCGACCAGGUCACCCUGCCCCAGAAGCUGCAGGAAGCCGGUUACUCCACGCACAUGGUGGGCAAGUGGCACCUCGGCUUCUACAAAAAGGAGUGCCUGCCCACCCGCAGGGGCUUCGACACCUUCCUGGGCUCCCUGACGGGCAAUGUGGACUACUACACCUACGACAACUGCGAUGGGCCGGGCGUCUGCGGCUAUGACCUGCACGAAGGGGAGAACGUGGCGUGGGACCAGAGCGGGAAGUACUCCACCUUCCUCUACGCCCAGCGUGUCAGCAAGAUCCUGGCAUCCCACAGCCCCAAGGAGCCCAUCUUCAUCUACGUGGCCUUCCAGGCAGUGCACACUCCGCUGCAGUCACCCAAGGAGUACAUCUACCGCUACCGCUCCAUGGGCAACGUUGCUCGCCGCAAGUACGCGGCCAUGGUGACGUGCAUGGAUGAGGCAGUGAAGAACAUCACCUGGGCCCUCAAGAAGUAUGGUUAUUAUGACAACAGUGUGAUUGUCUUCUCCACGGAUAAUGGUGGGCAGACGUUCUCUGGGGGAAGCAACUGGCCGCUACGGGGCCGCAAAGGGACGUACUGGGAAGGGGGUGUGCGUGGCAUCGGUUUUGUCCACAGUCCUUUGAUCAAGCGCAAGCGACGGACCAGCUGGGCACUGGUGCACAUCACAGACUGGUACCCGACCCUGGUGAGUCUGGCCAGGGGCAACCUGAGCAACGUCCCAGGCCUGGAUGGCUACAACGUCUGGCCUGCCAUCAGCGAGGGGAAGGAGUCACCGCGAACUGAAAUCCUGCAUAACAUUGACCCCCUCUACAACCACGCCAAGUACGGCUCCUUGGAGGAUGGCUUCGGUAUCUGGAACACGGCCGUGCAGGCCUCCAUCCGUGUCGGGGAGUGGAAGCUCCUCACCGGGGACCCCGGUUACAGCGACUGGAUCCCCCCGCAGACGCUGACCAACUUCCCGGGCAGCUGGUGGAACCUGGAGCGGCUGACCGACGGCUUGAGAAAAUCUGUGUGGCUUUUCAACAUCACCGCAGACCCCUACGAGCGCUAUGACCUCUCGGAGCAGCGCCCCGACAUCGUCCGAGCUUUGCUGACCCGUCUGGUGCACUACAACCGGACGGCCAUCCCAGUGCGCUACCCUGCUGAGAACCCCCGCGCCCACCCCGACUUCAAUGGAGGUGCCUGGGGGCCUUGGGCCAGCGAGGACGAGGUGGAGGAGUGGGAAGGUGGUGGUGGGGACCCCCCCAAGGGUCGGGGCAAGAAGAAGAAGUGCAAGAUCUGCAAACUGCGCUCUUUCUUCCGCAAGCUGAACACCAGGCUCAUGUCCAACCGCAUCUGAGCGGAGGGUCCCCAGCGCCUACGCAGCCUGGCCAGGGUGGAGAUAGAGAUGGCAGUGCUAUGGGGUGGGAUGGAGGGAGAGGGAUGGACGGGGGUUCACCCCGAACACUUCUGCACUUGGCCGGACCAGCAACCACAGAGAGGGCGGACAGACCAGCAGGGAUGGGCAGUGCGGGUUCAUGGCUGUGCGCAGCCCCUUCAGAGCCAGACUCUUCUUCUUGAGGACCAUGCAGACUGUGAGCUCUGGCCGUGGCAGCAGCACAAGGGUGGGGGUGUGGGGCGUCAGGCCAGCCUCAGUCACUCUGGCUGCAUUUUUUGCCUUGGUGUUUCUCUGUAGAUACAUGUUGCUGACUUGCUACAUGCUGCUGAGAAGCUGCUUGGUUUGCUCUUGAUCUAGGAACUCGAGGGCUUCCCCAAACCCAAGACAAUGGCAUUUCCCCUUUAUAUUUCCCUAUAGAAGGAUGGCUUCCUGACUCAGCCUUGCUGUGAUGAGGUCCUCACCUUUGGCCAUGGCUUCUCUCCACUGGCUCGGGGAGGCCAGGAGCAGCCCUGGAGCUGUGCCUGCAAGGACAUGGUUGGAAGCAGUGCCUUGAUGCACGCAGAGGACAAACGCUUCUGGACAGCCCUAUGCAUGGGAGGCAGCUUUGUCCCAAAGGUCCCCAGUAGUUCAUCCCCAGCUCUGCCUGGUCGGAUCCCACAGCUGCACAGCUGGAGGCACCCCUAAGUUCCUCUCUGUGCAUCCUACAGCCAAGCCCAGGACAGACGAAAGACCUCAGGAAGAUCUCAUAGAUCUGCUCCAUCACCGCAGGACACGGAGCCCCGGGGUCAUGGAGAGGGGCAUCCCUUUACCCUCCCUUCACCAUCCCUUCACCCUCCCCUUUCCUGCAGGUGGGCAGGAUGUGCCACCACAUCCCCUGGCCAUGGACACAGCGCUGUGCCCCCGCGCUCCCUGCGGACGUGCGCUCUGACAGGAGCUGGCGCGGAUGAAAGAGGGUAAAUAGCUUUAAAAGCAUUUUGGAUGCACGGUGCAUUUCCAUUUACACAAUGUGUUUUACAUUUCUCCCCACAGGUUUCUCUUGGUGCAGCGCGUGUAGGCGAAGGCCCUGCUGUGAAUUUUGAAAAUAGUUAUUUUUGUCUCUGGAAAAUGAGGCCCGUUAGGACUUGUCAGCUCUUGGAUGAGCAGUGUGGGCUUUUUUUUUUUUUUUCUUCCUUUUUUUUUUUUUCCCCCUCUUUUUCCUUUGCAAAAUAACAUUCAUUUAAAAUCUGUCAUUGAAAGAUGUGACAAUUGGCAGCGUGCACACUGAAUACCUUUCAGUGCGCUUUCAAGCCCUGUGUGUGAGAGGGACGGGGACGGGAAGAGAAUGCAAUGACACGUUUGUAUUUUUUUUUUUUUUUCUACUCUUAGCUGGAUUAUUUGAGGGAAUUGGGAUUUUCUGUAGAAGUAAAGAAAAAAAAAAACAAAACUAACAGCAAGGCAUCCUGCAGGAGAGCCUCUUCUUGUAGAGGUGGGAAGGAGUUCGCAAUGCUGGGGCUUGGCUGUUGGCGCAGCUGGCCCUGCUGCUCCAUCCAUCCACCACCACACUGCUGGCCCAAGGGCACCCAAUGCUCUCCAGGACAGGACCCAUAGGGCACUCAGCUCCUCCGCAUCCCUAAUGUCCCAUCUCCAUCCCUGCCUCAUCCAGCAAGGCGCUCUGUUGCUGCCUUUUGGCCAAGCCUGUUGGCAAGUGGUUGCCAAAUUUAAGGCAGGAGGAGGAUGCUGAGAAUCACACAAUCAUUAAGGUUGAAAAAGAGUUCUGAGAUCAUCACAUCUAACAUGAGAUCAACACAUCUAACCCUGUCACCCUUAUUGCCCAGUAAGCCUUGGUCCCUCAGUGCCACAUCUACGCAUCAGCAUUUGGACUGAGACUCACCUGAGAUUCUGGGGUGGGCAGAAGGAGUGGGGCUGGCUGUGGGGCGGUGGCAAGGCGUGUGGAACAGUUUUCAUUUCCAUAUUUAUAUAAACAUGUCCAAGUUUAGUCCUUCCUUUAUUUCAUUUUUUUAAUUAUUUUUUCAAAAAUGGAAAUUUCCAUGAAAGCACGUUUGAUGUUUCUCCAAAUGGUUUCAAUAAUAUCUCAUUGAAAAUGCUCGUCUUGUCUCAUCUCCAGCUCUGAUCUCUGGGGCCAGUGCUGGUUUUGCACAGUCAGUCUAGCCGGAG